AUGGUCACUGACAAUAGACUGGUGGAAGAUCCUCCAGGUAAGAUUUAAUUUUAGGAAUUAUGGAUGAGAAAUGCACAAAACAAAGUACAAUUUUACUCCAAUGAUUGUCCUUGAAUUUUAUUAUUAAGAAGAGAAUCAAACACAUUUUGUGUAGAUAAUAUUAUGUUGGCAAAGAUAUGAUUUUCUAUAAAUAAUGGUAAUUGAACUAAGUGGAGUGCAAUUUGGGCUGAAAUCAUAUGCGUGAUUUCAAAAUCAAACAAGUGCACAGUGUGAGUUCAAUUUGAAAUCACAAGUAUGAUUUCAGACCAAAAUUGCACGACACGAGGUUCAAUUACCACUUUAUUACAUCCAUUUUGAAAUCACCCAAAUACAGGACUUGGUAAGUUCAAAUAUUUUAUUGAUGCAGUACUGAGCUGGUCUGAAAUUAAAUUCAUCCAUUUUUUGGGGGGAAAAGUAAGAGUUUUGGAAACAAAAGUUGCAAAAUUUACCAUGUGAUUCUCUUUGUCUUUCAUUUUCCUGCAAUUUGAUUGGUUACUUUAAACAAGCCUUGAAAUCUGAUUGGUUCUUUUGUUUUUAGUGUAGCCACCUCAUUUGCUGGAAUAAAGAUGCGAUUUAAGGCAAAAAAUGAUGCGAUUUGUGAAUAAAUCGCAUCAAUUAGAGCCAAUCAGAUUACAGGGACCACCAGUGAUUUCAAAAUGGGUGUAAUAAAUAAUGUAAUUUUACUUAUAAGUUUGUUAUUACUGUAUUGUUAUUUAUUAAUAAAGUAUUUAUUAAUUUAGAUUAUGAAACCUUUAUAAACAUAUUUCAUAUCUAUACAGGUAAAAAUAACCCUUUCCGUUCAACUGUAAUAAAAUGAUAUUUCCCACUAACACUAUGAGUUUAAGAUGCAAUCAUAUUUUAUAGCUAAACCAUUUAUUUGACUGAACUAAACUUUAGAGCCCAUGGUAGAUAUGAGUGCUUGGGAAGUCCUUGGUGUUCCCAAAGAAGUUCAGAGAGGACUCAGUGAACAAAGUUUUACUACACCAACCCCUAUACAGACACUCUCCCUUCCACCUGCAAUAUUCCACCGCAGGGACAUCAUUGGUGCAGCAGAAACAGUGAGUUGAAUCACAGCAGUUAGAUUGGUGGAGGUCUCCUUUUUUAUGUGUACUGUUUGUGUACUUGGUUUCACAACUAUUUUGAAGAAUCCUUUUUUUUUUUGGAGAGGGAGAGAGAGAGGAAAAAAAAAAUUUUCAACAUGUACAUGUGUCUACUAUGAUGUACACCUUGCUCAUUUAUGUGUUAGAAGACUUUCCCACACAUUAUAGCAAACAGUUUCUGUUACUUUAGAGCUGGUCUUUGACCUGAAUUAAUGUCUAAGUAAAUAAGUGAUUGUUGAAUAAUUAUAAAUAUGACUUUUGUAAAAGCACUCUUGAGGAGAGCUGUUGAGCUGAAAGUAUGUGUAUGAUGUACCUCUUGAGAGAGGGCUCUGACUGACUGACUGACUGACUGACUGAUGGUUAAAUUUUGCUCUCUUAAGAACUAAUGUAAUAGUUCUUCCUUCUAUAUGUAGGCAUUCUAUAUCUUCCUAUAGUUGGUUGAUGGAACAUUAAUUAUACAAAAAUGUGUAUUACAUUAAGAUUGUCAAGAUAAGUCCCUUCAAGUUCUAAGUUUCAUAGUUCUCAUAUCAUUUGUCGGAUAAUGCCUUGAAAUUGUCUGUUGAAGUUAUGAUAAAAUCACUUGGGAGAAGUUUAGCUUCCAGGAAUGGCUGGUUUUUGAGGAGGUUAUUAUUUAAGGGUAUUAAUUAAAACAAUUUUAUGUAUUUACUAGGGUUCAGGGGUAAAACACUAGCCUUUGGGAUUCCAAUUCUCACCCAUAUCCUGGGCCACAAGUCCAAUCAAGAAGCAGGUGAAACUACAGAAAAUACUACCAAAAAUAAUGCUACAGAAGCCACAGAAACUGGUAAUGGAACAUCCAAGCUCAAGAAACCACUCCUGGCGUUGAUAAUGACACCAACCAGAGAAUUGGUUAUACAAAUAAAGAAUCAUCUUAAACAGGCUGCAAAACACACAUCUUUAGAGGUAACAUCAUGUACUUAAAUUGACAAUUUUGUGAAGUCAUCUCCACAGUUAGUUUCUGUUUUCCCAUUGUUAGAAACUCAAUUAUUUCUUUAUUUUUAUUGGCCCAAGUCAAUUUUGUUUCCUGAGCCUUCAAUACUCCUCUUUUCAGUGGAGCAGAAUGCAAACCUAUCUCUUGUUUGGAAAGCAUUUUUUAAUUUUUUGGGGGAAACAUGAAUUCGUAGCCACAAUAGGCUUUAAAGCAAUUUAAAUAAUGAUGAGUUAGAGCUGAAAACAUUGUUAUUCCCUCAAACAUAAACUCUAUUGUUUUUUGGUACCUUCACCAGCAAAGUAUAUAAAACCCUUUUGUUCAGAGAAUUACAAUCCCAGCCCCUAUGAUGUACCAUUUAACCCCUACCCUCCACUCCCUUGCCACCCCUUCUAGUCCUGUUUCAACUUUAUCUUUUAUCGGAGAAAUACCCACCAAACAAAGUACCUCAAAAUCAUUUGAAUCAGUAAACAAUUCCUUUUUUUCAAGAUUGUUGCUGUGGUUGGAGGAAUGGCACCUCAAAAACAGCAGAGGCUUUUAAACAAGUGUCCUGAGAUAAUAGUAGCCACCCGGGAAGACCGUGGGAUUUGAUUUCCGAGGUAAGUACCUCAUGUAUCAUAAGUUGCACUGAUUCACUUUCUUUUAGAGAUCUGAAACAGUCAACACACACUUGUACAUGUAGGUAUGUUUCCCAUGAGAUCGGUUGUCCUGUGUAGUUUUCAGCAUGAAUUUGGAUUUCCAAUGUCGUGUAAGUUUUUCCGUUCGUAAAACGCCGUCAAAAAUGAUAAGUACAGCUGUAAGCAUUUUCUACUGCUCUGUAAACAUCAGUGCCGGGCGUUUUUUUUGAAAACGGUGAAAUUGGAGUGUAGCCUCUUUCUAUCAAAUGGAUGAUUCUAGAGAUAUCUUCUGGCGGCGUUUAAUUUUAGGGUUAAGAGCAUGCCGUUUGGAGCACUUGAGAUAUCUUGUGAUUGACGAGGCAGACCGAAUGGUCGAGCAAGGCCACUUUCAAGAAUUAUCUUCUAUAUUGGAGCUCAUUCAAAGAAAGAGGCAAUGUACUUCAAUUUCCAUCGGAGCUUCAAUUUCUUUCAGCCUUCUCUUUCUGAAAUUAAUGGUUUUCAUGACUGUCAACUUGUAAACUGAGGUAAAUGACUCUCUUUUUAUCAAAUUUUAACUUUAACGUUUCCUUUUCGCAGUGAUUAUGAUGAAGAUGAGGGAACUGCAAAGCGAAGACAUCUACAGAAGUUUAUUUUCUCUGCAACUUUAACUCUUCCAAAGUCGUUUAAGAGGAAAGGAAAGUAA